AUGCUCUCAGCAUUCACAGCUCGGCCGAUCAUAGAGCUCAAGCAGCGGGAUAAGUCCAAGAUUGAGACAAUCCUCGCGCAUGGCGACCGCGUCUUCGUCGGCCUAAACAGCGGUGCCCUCCGCAUUUACCGCCUAAAUGAGUUACCUCCUCCGUCACCGACCAAAGCCAAUGGCUCCCAGCCCGACGCGACAAGUCCUCCGGCACCAGCCGACCACAUUCAGCCAAAUCAACAGUCGAAUAAGCCAACCGAUUUGCUGCGCGAAGUAGAAAAGUUCUCCACUCGAGCAAUCGAGCAGCUCGCCAUUAUCAAAGAAGCCAACACCCUCGUCUCGCUGUCCAAUUACUACGUGUCGCUGCACGACCUUCAGACCUACGAGCCACUGGAAACACUGUCACGAACGAAAAAUGCCACCUGUUUCGCCGUCACAUCGAACAUCGUCAAGGAUGCCGCCACUGGAAUACCAGAGAUUAUCAGCCGGAUGGCCGUCGCCGUUCGCCGGCGGCUGCUACUAUGGAGUUGGCACGAAAGUGAACUUAGCCCGGAUGUUGGGGAGGUUACGCUGCCGGAGUCAAUACGCACCGUUACGUGGGCCAGUGCAACUAAGCUUGUGUGCGGAAUGAACGCGGGAUAUGUCAUGGUCGAUGUUGUAACCCACGAGGUUGAGGAUAUCAUUAGCCCCGGAUCCUCAACAUCGGGCGGGCAAGCCAGCCGCUUUGGGGCAGUCAGCAGUGCAGGCAUGGGCUAUAUGGGUCUCGGAGGAUACAUGCCAAAACCUCUUGCCGCGAAGCUGGCUGAAGGCGAGCUGCUGUUGGCCAAGGACAUUAACUCAAUGUUUAUCACUGAUGAGGGCAAACCAGUGGAAAAGCGGCAAAUUCCAUGGCAAUCUUCUCCAGAGCAGAUUGGUUACUCCUACCCUUAUAUCUUGGCAUUACAGCCACCAUCAAAGGGGUCAUUGGAGGUAAGGAACCCAGAGACUCUUUCUCUGCUGCAAACCAUCUCGCUACCUGGUGCGGCGCAACUUCACUUUCCGCCACCCAAUGUUAGUCUUGCGCACGCAGGUAAGGGGUUUCAUAUCUCGAGCGAUCGAUGUGUAUGGAAGAUGGAUGCCACCGAUUAUGACUCUCAAAUCGAUGAGCUGGUGGAGAAGGGCAGAUACGACGAGGCAGUGAGCAUCCUGAAUAUGCUGGAAGAUGCUCUGCUGCGGAACAAGACAGAAACGCUACGGGAAGUGAAGAUGCUGAAGGCCGAGACGCUUUUCAAGCAAAGGAAAUACUACGACUCGAUGGAUUUGUUCAACGAAGAAGAUGUCCAUGCCCCACCUGAGCGCGUAUUGAAGCUUUUCCCCCCUUCGAUUGCUGGCGAAAUGUCCGGAUGGGCACAUGGCGUCCAGGAGGAAUCGGGCAGUGAUGAAAAGGAGGGCGAAGAAGAGGCCCAUGAAAAGACCAACGGCGACAAAGCGGCCAAGGAAGAUACUGCUGGUGCACCGUCUUCACCUGCGAGAGGUGGUGUUGGCUUUGCUAAGCUCUUCAUGGGGCACAGAAAGCAAGCCCAAUCGGACACAGCGUCUAUAUUGUCUAAGAGUAACACAAUAGAUGUCGAAGAAACCGGAAGCAUCAAGGGCAAACCAGCGGUAAACCAGCCACUAGAAGGAGACGAUCUCUUGGCUGCUGUGCGGACGCUGGCUGGCUACCUUGUAGGAACAAGAACGCGCCUGCAACGCGUAAUCGACCCAGGUACUGGCAAGUUGAAGCGUUCAAACACCAACGGAUCCACCGAAGAAGCAAUGAAGGGGUUCAUGUCAAACACCCACAGCGAGGAGACGGGCAGUCAACUAGAAGGGGAGCUGCUAAGAACAUCCAGGAUGGUCGACACAGCUUUGUUCCGGGCUUACAUGAUGACAAGCCCGUCCCUGGCCGGUUCUCUCUUCCGUCUCGCCAACUUCUGCGACCCAGAUGUGGUCAACGAGGCGCUGCUCGCACACAAUCGGUACAACGAGCUGGUGGACUUCUUUUGCGGCAAAAAGCUUCAUUCCCAAGCGUUAGAGCUACUCAAACGCUUUGGAACUGCUGAGAAACCCGACGAGGCAGCACCAGCGUUACAUGGUCCUCAACGGACGGUCAUGUAUCUUCAGAGUCUGCCGCCAUCAGAGAUCGAUCUCAUCUUGCAGUACUCAGAAUGGACGCUUAAGGCGGAUCCGAAAUUGGCUAUGGAGAUAUUUAUCGCUGAUUCAGAGAACGCGGAGACGUUACCUCGCGCUCGUGUGGCACGCUUCUUGGGAGGCAUCGAUCCAGCACUUGAAGUCCAGUACUUGGAACACAUUAUCAAUGAACUCGAUGAUUCAACUCCGGACUUCCACAACCGGCUGGUGGAGCUGUUUAUCAAACAGCUGAAGGAAAAGAAGAGAGACGACGAGUGGGAUGCAGAAAUGGAACGCUUUGUGAUCUUUCUCAAAACAAGUGGACAAUACAGCCUUAGCAAGGCAUUCGGUCUCAUCCCACGAGAUGAUCCUGCUUUCUACGAGGCACAAGCUGUGGUGCUAAGCAACAUGGGCUCACACAAGCAGGCGUUGGAAAUUUAUGUUUUCAAGAUGAAGAAUUACGCCAAGGCCGAAGAGUAUUGCAACUUAGUACACAAGUCGAAAGAGUCAUCGGCCCCUUCGUCGCCAGACCGAUCGCGGAGACCAUCCUCAGCAGGCGACCCAGACGAAUCGACUCCGUCCAUCUACCACACCCUGCUUUCGUUGUAUUUGACACCUCCCCCACCCCACAAACCAGCCCACGGGCCUGCUCUGGAGCUACUCUCGAGACACGGAUCGCGACUUCCAGCAGCGUCAACGCUCUCUCUGAUUCCCGACGACCUCCCUGUCCGAGACCUCGAAUCCUACUUCCGAGGCAGAAUUCGGUCUGCCAACAGCGUCGUAAACGAGUCCCGCAUUGUUGCCCGGUUACGGGAUACGGAGCUCGUGUCGACACAAGCUUUAUUACUCCUCGGUGACGGAAUACCUGGAGGACAAGGCGGGCGCAACAGAAGGGUGGUGAUCACAGAGGAGCGGCUUUGCGGAGUGUGUCACAAAAGACUUGGUGGCAGCGUGGUGUCUGUUUUGCCGGACAACAGUGUCGUCCACUAUGGCUGUCUAAACAAGGCGGGGUCGCAGAGACCACAGAGCUCGCGGGCAGGGAGUUGGGGUCGAAGAUUUUCGUAA